CAUAUAUGCACAUUCUAAGUUAUAGAAAUUGAAGUAUACAUAUCGGUAUCAAAUAUAAAAGCCGGGCUAUUCACAUUUCAUUUUCACAAUGUUUUUUUGUCUGACGAAAACCGUAUUUUUUGUAUUUGGGGACAUUCAUAAGCUAAUCAUAACACAGAAAAGCUUAAAAGCUUGUACUAUGAGAUUAUGACCUAUGGAGUAUGGGGUAACUAUAGGCGAAGAUAUAAAAUUAUAUUUAUGGUACUCUAUAUAAAUAAUGAAGAAAAAAACAACGCACCAUAAUUAUGUUUGGACUCGUUGGAAUCUUCUUGACGAGCAGUAAAUGAUUGUUAUGAGAAAAGUUAUAUUAACUAGAGAUGCCCCGAGUAGUGGUUUUGACCUAAUACCGAAUAUUCGGCCCUUCUCUCGGCCGAAGCGCCAGCGCGCAUUAUUCGGUCGCCGAAUAUUCGGCGCCUAACAUGCGAGCAUUUUGAGUCACGUUAAUUAUGAAAAUUGUUCGCCAACAAAGCACAACGUUUAACUUUUGUUGCUCAGAAUCAGAACUAGUGAAUGUAGUUAGAGCCAAUCAAAUCAGACCCAUGAUACAAAUAAAAUUAUUUGUAAUCAACAAAUGCUAAAAAACAGGGUUUGUAUUUAACAACUUUCCAAGAAACAUGCUAAAAUUAAAUAUAGUGGUUUGUGGUUAUUUUUAAAAAAUUUCUUUUUACAGUACAACAGAUAUUCGGUCGAAUAGUAGGCAACAUUUGGCCGAAUACCGAAUGUUCGGCAAAAUGGCCGAAUACCGAAUAAUUGCCGAAUAUUCGUGGCAUCUCUACUAUUAUCUAUAAAAGGUUGUAUCAAAAAUUAUAUUUUUGACAAAGUAAUUAUUUUAAAGCGAAGCAAGAAUUAGGUAUUGACUGUAGAAGACCUAAACUAGAUGGCGCUAUAUGGCACCAUAAGUUUGUGUUGUAACUGAAUUGACAAUCAUCGACUUUUGCUACAGAACUACUUGCUACAUAAUCUACGAGCCUGGGGUCCCUACCGCGAAAAUUGAAAUGUGCAAAUUGCGUUGAUCUUUCUCUUUUGCUCUCACUAAGACGUAAUUAGAGUGACAGAGAAAAAUGCCCGCAAUUGACGAACUUCGAUUUUCGCGGUUAUAGCCCUGUAUAGUGAGCUGCGAAAUUGCAUGAAGAAAUUAUGAAUGAAUUCAUCGAUAAAGUCGCCGCUGAUGGUAUAGCGUCCUUUACUUCAGCUGCCAAAUUUCUAGACACGAUUUUUUGUCUUUGACAGAGUAAAUAAAUGUUUAAGAUAAAAUUGUAUUAAUCAAAAAGGAAAAAAGUGGCCAGUUCGAGUUCCUUAUUAUCACACAAUGAUUUUGUUUGUCACACUUGAUUUUUUUCUAACGAACAAACUCAAGUUGGACUUGUUUUUAAUUUUUAUGACCUGUUUAGUUCGUUAUUAUGCACUAGGUACAGUCAACCAAUUUGAAUCCUAGGCCACUAUAGAACCUUGUCGCUUUAACUACUAGAUACUUGACACGCAUUACUCAAUAAGCACUGUCGUAGAAGUCAUUAUGGCAUGGUUCUAUAGUGGCCUAGGAAUCAAAUUGGUUGACUGUACAUCUUUCUGCAUAACUACACCAAAUUUACUGUUAAUUAUAAAUACCACGGCGUUGUAUACGAGACAUUUUGAAUUAAAUUUAUUUUUGAUUGUUACAGAUGCACACAAUUCGUGAAAAUGUCGCCGGCCUCCCUAUUACCAGUGAUGAGCUUCGACCCGCCGACAGACGGACAACGGAGGCUCAAGGCUAUAACAGGGUUGUUUCAAAUUUUUUGAAACGCUUGUAUUACGUUCUAUAUUAACUAAAAGUUGCCCUAAAAUUCAACUUUUAUACUAAAAACGGCUUUAAAUAUGUUAAAUUAACAAAAUAUAUUUUGACAGAUGCUUUCGCGCCCAAAACGCUCUUUGAAAAUUGUGUGACGUUACAGUUUACGGUUUGACACAUAACUACAUACACACGUAGAAGAUACGAACUGUCAACUGACAUUUGUCAUUUGUUGUUUAUCGCGUAACUGUCAACAGUGUCAAUCCGAGAGUUGUGACGUCAUCAGAAUCUUCAAUAACGUUUCGAGUUUGGUCACGUGACGUGUGCCAAAAGAUAUUUUAAAUUCAAUAUUUACAAAAAUAUGGUCAUUACAGGUCCCCUAAAAGUAGUUUAACAUGUUCUUAUAAUCCAAAAGAAUUUAUUGGGAUACAAUUCUGCCCUAAGAUUUGUAGAUGGAAACAACCCUAUCGUGAAAAUCGAAGUUCGUCAAUUGUGGGCAUUUUUCUCUGUAACUCUAAUUAGGUCUUAGUGAGAGUAAAGGAGAAGGAUUUGCGAAUUUCGGUUUUCGCGGUAGGCCCCCUGACAGUUCCGUUCAACGUGGUUCGGAUUCGGAACCCUAAAAACCGGCCAAGUGCGUGUCGGAUUACCCAUAAUGAAGAGUUCCGUAUUUCUAAAAAUAUGUAGAAGCAAAAGGGCGUUAUCUUUCAGGUACCUACUUACAUCAUUAUUUGUUCACACAAUAGUGUUUUUUUUAUUCGUUGACAAAUUGCAAUGAUUAUGUAUGUAUUAUUAAAUAUUAAUUAUGUAUACAAUCUGUCUGUGUUAAAGAACUGAUUACUGAUGAAGAAAAAAAAUACAUGCGGUUAAUUUUUUUAUUAAAAUCUGUCGCCGUAAUAAGAACGGCUCUUGUUUAAAUAAAGCCUAUAUACCCUAUAUACGACCACUAUUUCUCUCUCAUGCACAGAGUAAGAGCAAGAUAUUUUUGCCGCGUUUUUUAUAGCACAGACGUGCAAGACAAGUGUUAUUUUAAACGUCACACUUCUAUAAAAUUAUGACGUUUAAAUAACACUUCUGUUACUUUGUUUGAAUAACAUUGUGCUAUAAAAAUCGCUGCAGACUUAUCUUGGUCUGACUCUAAGAUGGUUUGCUUCUCCCUACGAUAGCCCAAAGCGGUCUGGGGACAUCAUUUAGGAAUACUAAGAAUAGGCUAUAUGUACAGGUUUGAAUUUCUAUGGGAGUAUAUUCUGAUUCUACGGAACGGAUCUAAUAGGUAUUACUGCAAUAAGAACUAAUAACUCUGAUAAGGUAAAAUUCGAUGCAGUCAACCAAUUUAAAAAUGGCUGAAGUAUAGAACUAUAGAUAAUAGAUAUCUAUAAUAAGAUCUACAUAAUAAUAAUUUUCUCGUCUUCAUUAAAUUAUCGCCUAACUAAACUCUAAUAAACUAGAAAUUCCACCAAUACCUACACAAUUAUAUAUUACGUUAUGUACCAUGAUUCUGAAAAAUACAAUCACAUCGCAUACUACCCCAGGUAAAAAGUUUAUCUUUUCCAAAUAGCGAACAAUCACUUUACGACUAGAGGCCAAUAAAGAUUAUCUUAUAACUAAGCUGUUUAACAAUUGGCGCGCCCGCGCAUCUGGAUAUUCAAUGGACGUUACUUGUUACCUGUUUCGAAAAAUAAGCCUCUAAAAUUAAGAGUGUAAACUAAGUAGUGGUGAAUAUCGUGGUAUUUUCUUGAAACAAUAGGCAUGGGAGUUUUCGACAGGAACAAUUUGGCAAUGAUAGUUCAGUACACAUCUGUGCCUUCCAGCAGAGGGUUGCUUAAGAGUUAGUGAGAGUUUCUAAUAGUGUGACCAUUAAAUAGAAUUCUGGUAGUUUUCUCAGCCGUCUCAGUGAUACAUUAUGUCAAUUGACGCAUCCGUCAUGGAGCUUAACGCCGCCCACGCCCUACUGCAACUUCAGUGCGCUCCGGGGCGCGCUAAGUUGGAAAUAGAGGGCGCUGCUACAUUGUUUUUGAACUGCUUGCCAACUCCCCAAACUCCGUCAACGGCCGCUCAUCAGUCUCAAUCUACGCCUCUGAAUACUCCUAAGACGGUUCGAAGUGUCAGUUCUGGCGAUGAAAACUCGGAAAUCAGCAGUCCAUUCCAUAGCCCGAUUACAUACAAAAAAUAUAAAUAUGCUCAGAAAUAUAGACACGCUGCACCAGCCCACUCAAGACAAGACAAUCGCAAGAUAAAAAAGGAACCAGAGACGAAACAUACUCUACAAAGGAACCGUUUUUACGGUUACGUAUCAAAUUCUGAACCGAAGAAUUUAAAUCACAAAAUGACUCGUGAUCAGGGAACACAGACCGAUGAAGAUAAUUCAACAUUAAUUUCCGAGUUGUAUGCAACGAUUCAUUCCUUACGCAAACAACUACAGGACAGUCUUAAGAGAUCACCCCCUUCUCGGGUUGAAAAGCUGGACCCUGAUGUCUCGACUGAUGUGCUGAAGAUCAAACAGCUACAUCAGCAGGAAAACAUCCAAAACAAUAAGAGAAAAUAUAAGCGUAGUUCAAGUUCUUGCAUUACGGCCAAUACUCCAAAUUCGGACACAGAUGCAUCUGACGAUGAGUGGAAGCCUGAUGAUGAUUACAAGCCAAGCAAGCAAAUUAUUAAUGAGAUGCUGAAACCAAAGGGAAAUGAGAUGGUGCCAAUUGGAGAAGGAUACGCUACCGUGCCUGCCAGAGUUCUAAAGCAAAUUGAUUGGUCAUCAUACACUAGUGCGACAAGGAAACUGUUGACUUCGGUAUUUACACGCCGUGUGUUAGCCACUCAUUCUUUGACCGGGAAAUCUUCUCCCGCCUUCCCGGGAAAACCUGCAAAGAAACGUCUCGACCCGGAACUUGUUAAUGACAUCGUGCAAAUUGUUGUUGAAAGAUCCGGCGUCAAUGCAAGUUUGGUGCGAACCAGUAUUACCACGAAAUGUGCUGAUGAGAGCAAAAUGUACCGCAGUCGUCAACAGAAUAAAAAGAAACGGCCGUCGGACCAAGAAAAUCUUCCUCCAUCGCCGUACAUUGAUUCUUCCGACGAUACGUAUUAAUACGAUUACGAUUUACGAUUUCUGUUUCGUAUUAACUACUACUACUGUGGCAAAUAAGUACUGGACUAUGACAAACUCUGGAUUUGAUUAGUUAAGAAAGCCAUUAACAUUAUCCAGAUUCUUACAUUUCGAUGCCUU